UCAACAUACGGGAAGAUUAUAAAAAAUGAAAAAGCCGGUGGUGUCAGUCAACGGUCAAGGUCACGACGGAGGCAAUCUUGUCGGUUGAGAAUGAAGAGUGGAGAAGCCAGGCUUUUGCUGGGAUUGUCUCCCAAUUCUCGCCCUUCUCGUUCUCAGGUUAAAGAAGCCUAUAAAAGGAAGGUUUGGGAUGUACAUCCUGAUCGUUUUCCAGCAGACAAAAGAAGUUAUGCUGAAUCACAAUUCAAAUUGAUUUCUGAAGCCUACAAUUGCCUCUUGCCUGGUGGAGUAAGUUCUGAUUCAGCUUCAUACACACGGGUCAUGCGGACUGCGGUACCGAGGGUUUAUGGAGGUGGAAGUCAUCAUUGCCUGUCAGUUGGCCUGCCUUUCCUUUUUAUUAUAUUUGGAACUGUUGGACUCGGAGGUCUGAAUAUUUCCAGGGCUUACAAAAAGGAAAAAGAUGCAAAUAGAUCUCAUAAUCCUUUUCUUCCUUGAUCCAAAAUCGACCAAAUGAAGUUAUUAUAGACAAGAUCGUAUUCCUGCUGCACACCCCAUCAAAUACUAUAGGGUUUAUGGUUACGCACUUGCACAUGUAUGUAGUCACCCGUUAUAAAUACUUAUCCCCCCCCCCUCCGAUUGAAACAGAGCCUAGAGUUAGACGCAAAACACUAGAACGAUCGCAUGGAAACUUUUUCUUGGUCGAAUUCCAUUACAAUCUGUGUUCAUAAAAACUUCGUUCUGGUGGCUGAAGAAAAAAAUUAAUGUAAUACUACCACUAGUAUCAUUAUUAUGAUCCGAUUUUGAUGUUUUGCAUUGGGAAAAGUGCUCAUUUUAAGCGCUUAAAAUCCCAUUUUACGAAAAAAUCCUACGAGGUUCAUUUUUCUUGGUGGAUCAUUUUAUGUUUUGCAGGUGUAAUGUUGCCUAAAACUCUGUUGAGUGCAGGCAGACGAGUUUGGAGUUCUUAGAAUCAAAGUUUUUUGGUUAA